AUGCCUCUGUUCUCACGCCACGCGGAACCGGUCCAACAGCCGGCCCCUCAACCUGUCUACGAAGAGCCACCCAAGAAACACGGUCUCUUCGGAAGCCGGCGCCACUCUCCCACCCAGGUCCACCCGAACGCCGCCGCCGACGGGGGUUACGGGGUCAAUGGCACACGGACCUCAUCCAUCUCCCCAGAGCGAGAGCACCACGGCGGCGGCGGCAUCUUCCGCCGGUCGACCAACGCCAGCAGCAGCACCUACGGUAGCGAGCGCGGCAGCGGCGGCCUGCUCCGCCGCUCCUUCGGACACGGAAACGGCAGCAUGGCCGAGAUGGACCCCUCCAUUGUUGAGGCACGGCAACGCGUCAUGAACGCUGAGGCGGCCGAGCGAGAGGCCGACCGCGCCCUCAUUGCGGCCCGGGAGAGCGUCCGUGAAGCACACGAACAUGUUCGCAGGCUGGAGCUCGAGGCCAAGGAGGAAGCGAGGCUGGCCAAGAUCAAGCAGCACCAUGCCAAGGAGUUCUCCAAGAGGGGCCAGCAGCUGGGACGGUUCGGAGCUUGA